AUGCAUCGCCAAUGCGCUGGCUUGCCUCAAGCGCUGAAGUCCGCGUUGGAGCGAGGCUCUCCCUCGGAGCUCUUGGAGGAUCUUGGCACAGCUGUCCGCAGGGCUACUGCACGACUGUUCACCGGAUCCGAAGAGGUGCUGGAAAAUGCGCACGGUGCAGAGCAGAGCCAGAGCAGUUCGUCGCGAGAAGGUGGACUAAAUCUUGCGGAAGAUGAUGACAUCGCAUCAACGUCAGAGCCGGAAUGGAUUUCGCGAAAUUCAGAACACAUGACCAAGUACAUGUUUCUUGACGAAGGCAGCGAAAAAGGAACGGUGAAGAUUUAUGUGAAGGCUGAGGAGCUGGAGAUCACCCAGUUUGCUGAUGCCUACGCAUCCUUUCAGGAACGGCGCCUAUCACUUUACUUGCUUGCCCCUGGUGGCCGCGUUUGGCGGCUCUCGGGGAGGCUCUUUGCGCCGGUGCAGGCUAAGGAGUGCAAGUGCUCAUUGUCUGCAAGUGGCCACAAGGUGUCUGUGACGCUGCGGAAGUCCAGUACUACUGACCAGUGGCAUCGCUUGAUCGAUGAUCCAGGCAAAGAGCAGUUGGACAAGGCGCAGGACUUCAUCUGA